GUGAUUUGACAACCCCAAACCAACCACACCGUGCGUGGCUGCUUGUCAAGAACAUCAGUCAAAGAAAGCAAAUUCAUGAGAUUUUCAUAGUAUAAUUGUAUAUGUUUGUACUCAAGAUUAUAAUAUAACAUGCCGAAAAAUAAAGGAAAAGGAGGUAAAAACAGGAGGAGGGGUAAGAACGAGAAUGAAACUGAGAAGCGUGAAUUAGUGUUCAAAGAAGACGGACAGGAGUACGCCCAAGUCACAAAGAUGCUCGGUAAUGGCCGCUUGGAGGCCAUGUGCUUCGAUGGCACAAAACGUCUUUGUCAUAUUCGAGGGAAGCUAAGAAAAAAGGUAUGGAUAAACCAAGGUGACAUCAUUCUGAUAGGCCUACGAGAUUACCAAGACGCCAAGGCAGAUGUCAUCCUAAAGUACACUCCUGAUGAGGCAAGGAAUCUGAAGACGUACGGAGAGUUCCCAGAAACAGUGCGCAUCAAUGAGACUGUGGUCUAUUCUGUGGAUGGUCUGGAUGAGGACAUUGAAUUCGGCGAUGAAGUUAGUUCAGAAGAUGAAGCUGAUGCGGUAGAUGCUAUAUGAGAACAUCUACCUAUAUUUAUAUUGUUUACAGUAAGUCCGUGUACAUUGUUUCCCUGUUAUGAAUAAACAUGACUUGGUGAUUUUA